AUGAAACAACAAACCCCCAAACUUCGGGACUUGUUACGCACGGCUCCGCCGCGCCGCGCCGCUCCCACGUCCCCCCCGCAGCUGUCGCCGCCGGAAAGCGCGCACCGCCCCCGGCCGAACCGCGGCACCGAGAGCGGAGCUCCCCCCGCCCCCCGGCCGCGCUGCCCUCCCCGCCCCCGCGAAGGGUCCUCGCGGGUGGCGGCGCUGCCCCCCCCCCCUCCCCCCGACUCCCUCCCGGCGCCGCACAACCCCCCCCCCCAGCCCCCCUCCCGGCUCGGCGCUAGCGGGCGCCCCGCUGCCCGCCGCCCCCGCGCCCCGGCCGCCACCAUUGUCACCCGGGAAACGGCGGCGGGCACCGAGAGGCGGCGGUGCGGCGGCGGCCGCGGGGAGCGGGGCUGGGUGCGGGGAGCGGAGCUCGGCGCGAGGAGCGGAGCUCGGUACGGGCGCUGCCCCCCUCCCGGCCCCGCACCGCACGGCGCAUCCCGCGGCCGCGCCGCCAAACUUUGCUCGCUGCGGAUCGGAGCGGAGCGGCACCGCCGGGCGGAGCGCAGCGCGGCGCGGCGCGGAGAGAACGGGGCGCGGAGCAGAGCCGCCCCCGGCCCGCCGCCCCCCGCCAAACUUUUUCCCGACACUUUUCCCCCAACUCCGCCGCCGCCGCCCGCCGGGGCAGCCCCGCGGUGCCGGCACCUACCGGCGGAGGACACGGGCCUCAAAGCAAACAUGCGCGGCGGCAGCCGGGAGAAGGGCAGGAAGCGCCUUGCCCUGCCUGCUCCCACCCGCAGCUGCGUGCGCCCCAACGCGUGCGGCACGGCGCUGCCGUGGGGCGGCAGGGGGCGUGGGCCGGAGGCUCGGGGUCUGCCCACGGGAGGGUGGACGGAGCCGGCGGUGUGGAGGGAGCCGCCUGGCUCCAGCAUCCGGAGCGCCCCGCUAAAGCCAUCUGCCGGGACGCGGCCCUCCCCGGGGCUCCUGCGGUACGGCUGCUGCCCGGCCCUGCGGGCAGAGGGGCAGUGCGGGCAGAGCAGCUCCGGGCAGCGGCGGUUUGACAGGAAGAUACGGGAGAGAAACGACAUCCCCGGGAAAUAUCAGAAGUAA